AUGGCAUCAAAAACCACCAGUCGAUCACUCCAAUCCCUCACUCGGCAAGCACGUCAAAAAUGUUCAUGCGCCGCCCCCAUAUCCUCCUGCUCAAAUACCGCCCGACAAUUCUCAAUAUCAGCCUCGAGGUCAGAUAAUCAAUAUGAUGGAGAUCGAGGGGCGCAACCCAGAUGGUCAUAUACACCCCCUCAGAUGAAAUUACCUUUCAAUCCGAGAGCAAAUCACGACAUACCGACAUGGGAAGUCAAUAGCGAUCCAGAACGAUUGAACCGAUUUUAUACACAAUUUCUGGGACGAGGAGGUGAUCAAGUACUUACAGAUGAAGUAAAAUGGCUCGCUGUUACACAUAAGAGUUUUGAUCAGGGAAGAAGAGGUUUUAAUGAUCGAUUGGCAUAUUUCGGACGCAGGAUAUUGAGCUUGCAGACAAGUUUAGUUUUAUUGCAAUCACCGAUUGCGAGACGAGCCCAACUACCUCAGGACACAGAGGGCAUGGAGCCAUAUUCGCAUCCUGCUCUGGACGGUUUACCAAACUUGACUAAUGUAAAGGUGGGUGAUAUUUUGAGCAAGGAGAGACUGGCGAGGUUGGGAACUCGGAUGGGUAUGCAGGACAUUAUUCGAUGGGAACCUAGAAUGAAAGAUAACCUGGAAAAAUCCGGCAUUGAUCUUGUGAUCGCCACUUCAUUGUACGCCAUUAUUGGAGCAGUAGCAUUACAGAAGGGUGGUGAUUUUGCGACAGAAGUGGCGAGGGAGAGAGUAUUGAGACCUCUCGGUGUAUCAUAG